GGCCAGGCCGCCCACCCCGGGGCCCGCGCCCUCCGCCUCCCGCGGCCCGGCCGCUCCGCGGGCCGCCGCACUGCGCAUGAGCGGGAGCCCGGCGAGCCCGUGAGAGGCGCCGCCGCCGCCGCCGCCGUCCAUUCGCUGCGGAGCCGGAGGAGGAGGGGAGAGGUCCGGAGGACACCAACAUGAACAAGUUGAAAUCAUCGCAGAAGGAUAAAGUUCGUCAGUUUAUGAUCUUCACACAAUCUAGUGAGAAAACUGCAGUAAGUUGUCUUUCUCAAAAUGACUGGAAGUUAGAUGUUGCAACAGAUAACUUUUUUCAAAAUCCAGAACUUUAUAUACGGGAGAGUGUAAAAGGACCGUUGGACAGGAAGAAGUUAGAGCAACUGUACACUAGAUACAAAGACCCUCAAGAUGAAAAUAAAAUUGGAAUAGAUGGUAUACAGCAGUUCUGUGAUGAUCUGGCCCUCGAUCCAGCCAGCAUCAGUGUGUUGAUCAUUGCAUGGAAGUUCAGGGCGGCCACACAGUGCGAGUUCUCCAAACAGGAGUUCAUGGAUGGCAUGACAGAGUUAGGAUGUGACAGCAUAGAAAAACUAAAGGCCCAAAUACCCAAGAUGGAACAAGAAUUGAAAGAACCAGGACGAUUUAAGGAUUUUUACCAGUUUACUUUUAAUUUUGCAAAGAAUCCAGGACAAAAAGGAUUAGAUCUAGAAAUGGCCAUUGCUUACUGGAACUUAGUGCUUAAUGGAAGAUUUAAAUUCUUAGACUUAUGGAAUAAAUUUUUGUUGGAGCAUCAUAAACGAUCAAUACCAAAAGACACGUGGAAUCUUCUGUUAGACUUCAGUUCAAUGAUUGCAGAUGACAUGUCCAAUUAUGAUGAAGAAGGAGCAUGGCCUGUUCUUAUUGAUGACUUUGUGGAAUUUGCACGCCCUCAAAUUGCUGGGACAAAAAGUACAACAGUGUAGCACUAAAGGAACCUUCUAGAAUGUACAUAGUCUGUACAAUAAAUACAACGGAAAAAUGCACAGUCAAUUUCUGCUGGCUGGACUGAACUGAAGAUCAAUCCUCAUAGUUCAAACUGAGGGUUGAGACAAAACUUUUAAGGAUACAUCUUGGACCAUAUCGUACUCCAUUCUUCUACUGGUGGUUUGGGCUUGUCUUCUAGUCUGGGCCACUCUAAGCAUUUAUAAUUCCAACAUUGUGGAUUUCAUCUUACACCUGUGGACCAUCUUAGUCUGUCUUCCCAUAAGUCAUAGAAGCUUGAUGGUGAUUAUUUUGAGGUUUCCAUUCUUGCAUAAAGCACAAUGCUGUCUUCAUCAGAAAACAGUUUGGCAUAAGAAUUAAACAUAAUAAUGAACACCACAACAAUUUAUAAAAACUUCUUAAGUAUAUGCUUUGGGCUAGUUGCAAAGACUGUGCUGGUGGCACUUCAAAUGAGAGUGAUUUAUCUGAGUGUACCGCAUCUGAAAUGAUGUUUGGUUGGGGGAAUUUAAUUUUCCUGGCAAACUACAUGUACUGUUGGUGUGAGUAGAAUACCUGAUAAAAGAAAUGUCAAAAUAACCAACACAUGAAAAAAAAAAAAAAAAGGAUAAUCUGGGGACUCCCUGAAAUAUGUCUUGUGUUUCAGACUCUCAUGAAGGUUCUACAAAACAAGUCUGUGGUUAUCUUACCCAUGUUUAUACAGUGUCCUGCAGUGAACUUUUAUUUAAAAAAAUAUUGUAAUGAGAUCGGAUGUUAAGCUCCACACUCAUGUGCAUUACACACCACAUAAUCGGAUUUCAUUAUGCUCUGAAAUGCUUCUAUGCCUUUCGAAUAAGUUAAACUAUUUCAUUUGUUUUGAAUGUUUUUGAUUGCUAUACAAUAAUAAUCUAAAUUUAGGCAUGAGGGUUUUAGGUUUUUGUUUUUGUUUUUUUAAUUUUUUGUCAUCGCACUAUGGAACACAAUGCAAUUCACUUAAUUUAUAAGAAGAUAGUAAGAUUUAGAUUUUUGGAAGUGGUUGUGAUGAGCCGUGACGUCCAGCCUUUCUCCCAUGGCACUGCUCUUUGAGGUGUGGUCCAGCUGUGCUGGCUGCUGGCUGCUGGCUGCUGGCUGCUGGGAUGGCUUCCUGCUAAAUCACUGUGGCUGCCAAGUUUACUUCAGAAGCAGAGACUGUCAGACGGGCGAGCACUGGCGCAGAUACCAAUGGCUUCUGUUCUAUAAAUUAUUUGACUUUUGACUGUUUUUGUCUCACUUGCAUUUGCUAUUUCUACACCACAGCAGAAUGCAGUCUUGAUUGGUUUUGUUUUUUGUUUUUUGUUUUGUUUUUCCAUGACAGGACUCAUGACUUGCUCUCCUGCUGAAAAUGCUUGUUUCUCUGAUAACAUACUGACAUGUGAAAGGGGCGUAUUCAUACAUAUUUCCAUGUGGAAGUUAAAAUGAUGCACUGAGUGUUGGGUGGCUGGUCUUCAGUAGGAGCAGAUUUUGCUUCAUGUAUCCUGGUCCUCCGCAGGGUACCAAGGAAUGUUCUUCAGGAUAGCAGAACAAUUUAUGCAGAUAUGGAAAUGAUUAAAACUGCUUUUUAGUCACAUGAUUUGGAAAAUGCAUAGAAAGCUUACCUUACAGAUAUAUCAUUAAUCCAAUCAUAACUUUAAUUUUGGAAUGCAUUUCUACCAAAAGAAGCUUAGAGUAAAUUUCUAUUCACAUUACAGGGAUUGGUUAUUAAAAGGAAAAGAAUCUUGUUGUUUUCAGUAUUUCUUGAUUUCAUUUUUGUAAAUAUAAAGAACUUCAAUUUUGAAAAAAAUUAAAGAUAUAUGUAUAUAUAUCUUUAAAAGUUUUACAGACCUAUAUUGUUUAUUCCCUACGUGGAACGUUUUGAGUUUUGGUAUUGUUUUCAGAUUGAUUGAUUCAGAUAUGAUUUGUUUUCAAAUGAGACUCCAUUAGCUUCUUUCCCUGCCUCAUAAAUUUUUUUUCAUAAAAAUCUUGAUAUUCGUGUGUGGCCUAAUGCUUUGGGUUUUACAGAUUUUAUUUUUAAAUGCAAGACUUUUUAACAAGAUAGUGUUUGUCAUCAGUUUGGUACUAAACAUUUACAAUUACUGUGUAAUUAUAAACAAAAAUAUAUAAAGCUUUUAAUUAUGUAGCAAAAAGAGUUAAGGUUGUUCACCAUGAUGGCAUCUUAGAAUUAAACAAGACUAUUACUAGGGCUCCAAGAGAAACUUGAUUUAAUGUGUUUAUUCUGAGGGUGAACGCUGGGUUAUAGGGAAUGUUCUGUACUACAGAGGCUUACCCUGUUGGGGGAGGGGCGUCGGCCAGUCUUCGAGAGGAAGGGCACACAUACACAGCCAGCUUGCUGGCUUCAGUUCAUGGGGUUCAGUCUUUGUGUGGGUCGGGUCUCCAAGCUGAUUCUUUUCAGACAGAACCAUAGGGAGAGUUUACUUCUUGCCAAAUGUCAGAACAGGUACACAUUUUUAAAUGUAAUGCUUUUUAAAUAGUAAAAUGUAUAAAAUGAGACGUACCCACAUACAAAAAUACUUGAGGUCAAGGUUCUCUUCAGUGACUAUCAUCUGCAUAUCUCUGUAAGUUCAAGUGUGUCUUUUCCAAUCCCUGUCAUAUUACCCACAGAGGCAAUAAAAGCUUCAGUAAAUUUGCCAUGA